UUGCUCUCUUUUCUCCUUACAUCCACAGCAAUGGCCUCUUUUACUACAUUAACUUCCCUCUUCGUUCUUCUCUCUUUGCUAUCUAUUGCAAAUUCUGGUUCAAUCGGUAUCAAUUAUGGCCGUAUUGCUAAUAAUCUUCCGACUCCAUCAGAAGUUGUUCAACUCCUCAAAUCCCAAGGCAUUAAUCGUGUAAAGCUUUACGAUACUGAUUCUGCUGUUCUUACAGCUCUUUCUGGAUCCAAUAUAUCAGUUACUGUUGCACUUCCUAACGAGCAGCUCUCUGAUGCAGCCUCGAAGCAGUCUUUUACUGAUUCAUGGGUUCAAUCGAAUAUUCUUCGUUAUUAUCCAAAAACAAAUAUAGAAUCCAUAGCUGUUGGAAAUGAAGUUUUUGUAGAUCCAAAAAAUACAACCAAAUUUCUAGUACCCGCCAUGAAAAAUGUUUACGCAUCUCUUGUUAAAUACGGCGUCGCUUCGUCUAUCAAAGUUUCAUCCCCUGUUGCUCUGAGUGCUCUGCAAAAUUCUUAUCCUUCAUCUUCUGGUUCAUUCAAAACGGAUCUAAUCGAACCGGUUAUUAAACCGAUGUUGAGUUUCCUCAAACAAUCGGGUUCUUUCUUAGCUGUUAAUAUUUAUCCAUUUUUUGCUUAUGUAGCGAAUACGGAUACGAUUUCUUUGGAUUAUGCUUUGUUUAGGGAUAAUAAAGGUGUAACUGAUCCAAACAAUGGACUUGUUUAUAAAAGCCUUUUCGAAGCUCAGAUUGAUGCUGUUUAUGCUGCAAUGAAAGCUUUGAAUUUCGAUGAUGUGAAAAUGGAGAUUACUGAAACUGGAUGGCCUUCAAAAGGCGAUGAAAACGAGACUGGUGCAAGUGCUGACAAUGCUGCUGCUUACAACGGUAAUCUGGUAAAAAGAGUGCUUACUGGAAGUGGGACCCCUUUAAAGCCCAAUGAACCUCUUAACGUCUAUUUAUUCGCUUUGUUCAAUGAGAAUCAAAAGCCCGGGCCCGUCUCAGAACGAAACUACGGGCUUUUCUAUCCUACUAAAGAAAAGGUUUACGAUAUUACGCUUACACAAGAAGGUUUAGAGGCCGGGCCUAAUAAUGGAAGUAAAACCCAGGUGGUGAAGACUCCGGUACCGUCUCCGUCGUCUACUCCGACUCCGGCGCCGGUUGUUGGCGGCGGUGUGGAGGAGAGUAAGAUGGUGAACACGUGGUGUGUGGCGAAUGAGAAAACUGGGGCGGAGCAGCUCCAAGCGGCGUUGGACUAUGCUUGUGGAGAAGGAGGAGCUGAUUGCCGUCCGAUUCAGCAGGGUGCCACGUGUCAUAAUCCUGAUACACUUGCGGCACAUGCUUCUUAUGCGUUCAAUAGUUAUUAUCAAAAGAAAGCACGUGGGACUGGCACGUGCGAUUUCAAAGGAGCUGCUUACGUCGUCACUCAACAUCCAAAAUAUGGCAGUUGCAAGUUUCCAACAGGAUAUUAAAUUGAGGAAAUUGGUUAAGAAGUUUAGCAUGCAAAUGGUUUUAGUUGUUUGAUGUCCACAUUCUUUUUCCUUUAGUAGUAUUUUAUUAUUUUAGUAUUAUUUUAGUAUAUAAUUCAUAGGUGGUUAUGAUUAUUUUUGAAGUUUUCUUUGUAAUUAUACCUACUUUUUUUUUAAUUAAAUGGAGGUGAAUUAUUUUAG